UUUCAGUGGAUUGCAAUAUAUUUUAUGGUAUAAGUACACGUUCUACUGGCAUAGACACAUAUAUUUAUAUAAUACAUAUACAUAUAUAUAUAUAUGGUGACACGAAAACAUUGGAAGGUAUACCGAAACCGUGUGUGUCGCCGAUCGGUCUACAACCAAAUACCCGUCAGCGGUUGUCUACUAGAGUUACACCUUACCCACACGCCUUGUCAACACACCUGUUGCAGUGUCGCGCGUCGAUGACAACGGCGUCGUAAGCGGACGACCAUCGUUUAUAUAAUAUAAACACAACAUUAAUAUCGUAUCUCCGUUCAUUAUAUUUCGUAUCUAAAUCUCGCGAUAAAAACAUCACGAAAUGCAACAAGACGACGGUAAGAACUAUAAUGCCACGGCCACUGACGAUCUUCAGACGACCGGUCAAGAUCACAAACUGCAACCGUACGACGAAGAGGUGGACAAACUGAUCGAGUGGUUGAGGGACAUGCCUCAUUUGCCAAACAUUACCGAUAGAGCUUGGUUGAGGAAUUGUUUUAUCGGACGAAAACUCCGGAUAGAGAGGACAAAAGAAUCUUUGGACGGAUAUUUUUGCUGCCGGGCACUGAUCGACGAAUUUUUCGGCGUCCGCGAUCCGCUCGGAGAUGACGUCCAGACGGCAAUGCGAAAAACAUGGUUCGGGUUUUCGAGCAAUUUGACGAACGAGGGUUACCGGGUCAUAGUGACGAAAAACCUCACCGAUGAAGACGUUCCUGGCAGGUAUUUGGAUCAGUGGACGAAAUACUUUUACAUGUGCAUUGACUGGAAUUUGAAGCGGGAGUCGGUAAAUGGCGUGAUCAUCAUUUACGACAUGGCCACGACGAACAAAAACGAAGUACUCACUCAAGUGACUCCGAAUUUUCUCAGGAAAUCUUUACAGUGUUCGACGUUUUUCCCGUACAAACUGAUACAGGUACACUUCAUAAACGUACCAUCGUAUGCAGCCGUAGUGUUCAAUAUUUUAAAAUCUCUGGUUCCCAAAAAAAUUCAAUCUCGUCUAUUUAUGCACAAUAACCCAUCGGACGUACUGCAACAUAUCCAAAAAGAAUGCGUUCCGUCAGAUAUAGGUGGUAGCGAUAAAACUAUCAGAGAACUGGGUGAAUUCUGCAAGGAGAACAUCAUAGCGGAAAGAGAUAUGUUCAUGAACGGAAUACUUUCGUUGAAAGCGGACAUGGACAAAAAGCCAAAAGACGCGAACAGCAAUGAACAAUCGGAGCUCUUCGGGUUCGACGGAAACUUCAAGCAAUUGAAUAUCGAUUGAAAAAUAUAUUUUCUCACAGAAAUUUUUUUCGAUUUAUCAUAAUUAUAUUAUACCGGUGGACACUGAUUAAAAAAUGCAUACAAAAUACAAUUACAAUUCUAAAUAUUACGAUAACAACUAUAGUUAGUGUGUUUACCAAAUACAAUUAAUAUUGAUCACGAUUAUAUUAUAAUGUACCUAAUACAUACUUGAUAUACUUCUAUGAUAAUGUGAGUAUUAUGUUUCUUUCACAGUCUACAUUUAAUUUGUGUACUCUUCUUCAGAUGUUGUCAUGAUUAUUUUCAUUAUUAUUAUUAAAAAAACAA